AUGGAGGCCGGGGACGGAGGAGAAUCCCACAAGGUCAGGCUUCUAUCCUUUCUCCCUUCUCGGAGGGGUCACGCAUUUUUGUUUGUGAAUCGCGGGCUUUACUUCCUUCUGUUCCCGGUUUCUUUCCUUUUUGAUCACCGAGUUUCAAGCUGUCUUGAUAGAGGAUGUCUGGAGAGGAUCUAUGGAUUCCUCGUCUUGGUAGGGUCAGAGCAUCUGCCGUUAUCCCUAAUUCCCUUGUGUCACCUCCGGAAAGUUUUCUGAGUGAAGAAUGAGGGUCGCGGAGGUUUCGACCGGGUUGAACACCAUUCUUUCUUCAAUUUGAUCUGCGAUUCAGCGCCAUGCAGUCCACCGGUGUUCUCUUAUCAUUUGAGUACUAGUUCAUGCCUUGAGGUACAUGAUGCCGAUUUCCAUGCGUUGAUUCUGGAUACUAUUCUGCAUCCCCGUUUGAAGAACGCGCGUUGACUCUGGUUUUCUUCCUUGACGAUGAUCAUUUUUACAAUAUUAGACCUAUGAAGAAGGCUCUGGGAUGUAUAUUUGGAAGAAGGCUUGAAAUGGGGGCAGGGGAGGCAAAUAGACAAACCCCAUGUUCACACAGACAUCAUGUCUGAAUAGUGAAGAGGUCUCCAAUGUGAACAGCCCAACCCUGCGUGUGCUUAACCCUGGAAGGAACACGACGUCUGCUCGGUUGAUAUUUGGGUUCCUAUAUCGAGAGUUGACCAAAUCGCCCUAUACCUAACCACUGUUUAAAAGCCCUCUUUCAAUCUUUCUAGUCAUCGCUCCUUCCAUCUUGCCCAUAGCUUUCCCAGAAGAAGUUAAUGGGAGCAAGAAGCUACAACUGCUUUCACCAGGUGUCGUUUGAUGCAUAUGAUGGGUACCCAUUUGUUCUGUGCUUCAAUGUACAAAAUACACCUCCCUCUUGUUGUCUAGUUGACUCUGAUUUUUCUCUGUCAUGAGAAUUAUAUUUAAUAUGGCUUUUCUGCAUAUCAAUGUUUCUAUUUUUGUAUACUUGCAUUAAUCUGCAGUAUAAUCCUAUUUAAGAGGGGUCGUCUUAUGAAGAAAUUACUCGAAUUUCUUUUGGUGUCUCCAAGCGAAGGACUGCUUUAACAAAUGAUCCGAUUUCUAGCACCCUUCCCCCUUCUGUCCACUUUCUCUCACUAGAUCUUGUUGUGAGGCCUUUCCUCUUUCAGAGCAAGCGCUUACGCUCCAAAAGCCCAAUGGUUUCAGAUUUUUGCCAGUCUUAGUACAUUUUUCUGCAGGAUGAACGGUUCUCAUAUCUUUGAGGACCCAUCCAGAGUAUCAGCAGCUUUGUGCUGAGAUGGAUGAGGGCCACUGACUGGUUGACUCUAGUUUAACUUUUUUUCUUUGUCCGAACCUAAUGUCUUCCCUAGGAACUGCUCAAAGACGUUGCGUUCUGGCAUUGAACUUUGUUGCAUCCUAGGAUAUAUCCGGAGCUUGGAACCAUCAUCUUAUGCCAUUACUCCUUAUUAUAUUAUACCCUUGUGAACGAUCCAGUGCAUUUGAUGGUUAACCCAGUUGCUUAUUUGAGCGUGAAAUGAGUGACAUACUAGUCUAUUCUUAUGAACAGAUCUUCAGCAGCCCAUCAUAUAACCCUAAGAUUUUUCCCUCUUCCAUUUAACUCCCCUUUGAGCUUCGCCUCCCUAUGCUGUUUCUGGUAUCAGAUUCAAGACUAUCGAAAUUUUCUACCUUUUUUCUAUUUUAAUUUUUUGUAGAAUUACUCCCUAAAUUCUCUCUCUUUCUCUCUCUCUCUCUCUCUCUCUCUCUCUCUCUCUCUCACACACACACACACACACACACACACACACACAUUGCUUCACUCCUCCCUCCCUCUCCAGGAAUUUAGUUAUGCAUGUUGGGUCAGUUUCUUGAUUUUUAUUUUUUUUAUUGUGCAACUCAAUUACACAGUUUUAUUCACGAAUCGACUUCUUCAUUACCUUCAUGGACUCACAUUGUAUUACUAUUAUUAUGGUUAUUAAUGUGUAAAUAUGAAUAUAUUAAGCAUGAAGUAUAUGCGCGUAUUAUUAAACUCGAUCUACUCACUUUUUAUCAUAUAUUUUCAAAUAUGGUCAUCUUGAGCUAUCUCUAAAUCCUUGACGGGCUAUCAUGGUUGAAACCCUCCAUAAACAAGGUUUCUAACCACUGCAACAAUGCAUCCAAGAUCCACCGGGCCUUCUCUUCGGGCUGGGCCAGGUUGAUCAAGUCCUCCCACAUCCCAGGAUUAAACUCUCCUGUAUGUAGUUGCGAUGAAUUGACAAACUCGGGAUUGAUUAUGCUGAUGAUGAAGUGUUUAUUUUCCCACUAUUUAUUUAAACUUUAUCUGUGAAAAAAUAAAAUAAAAUAAAAUAAAAUAAUAUAUGUGUAUAUAUUAAUUAGAUGGCGUGAAUUUUCCCAUUCUUGAAAUUUGCUUCAUCAGCCAGUUCCCUGUACUUGCAGGAUUAUUACAAGAUCUUGGAGAUUGAUUACGAUGCCACAGAUGAGGAUAUCAGGUUGAGUUACCGCAGACUUGCAUUGGUAAGUGGCUUCAUUUGAUCUCGUAGGAUGUGUUUAUGUACUCUCUUUCCCUGGCUUCCACAAAGCAUGGGUGGUUUCCAUGCGGGAGUACCAAUGGAGAUCGGGCAAGUCUGCUCCUCCCGGCCCGAUCUUUUGUAUAAUCGGGCCUCAUAACCAAGCAUCAACCGGAAAUUCGGCCCGGCCCCAUGAUUUCUCUUGCCUCCUCUCUCUCUCUCUCUUUCGUUAUGCAAUGAUUCUCAUUGUCUCCAUGUUCUUUGCCCAGAAGUGGCACCCGGACAAGCACAAGGGUGACCGUGAUGUCACAGCAAGGUUCCAGGAGAUUAAUGAAGCUUACAAAGGUACAAGCUUGGCUUCCGAGUAUGGAUGAUAUCCCUACCUGGAUGGUAUUCCCAAUUGCUGAUGCUUCCUCAUAUUUAUUUGGCUCUGCAGUGUUGAGUGACCCAGAUAAACGGAUUGAUUAUGACUUCAGUGGUAGUUAUGAGAUUAACAGAUACACUUUGCGGGUGAGGAUCUCAUCCCCGUUUAGAUCUUUUUUUUCCUUUUUUUUUUUUGUUCUUCGAGAUCAAUGAGUGUUCUUCUUUAAUCUGCCUGCCUCUCCAGGAGUAUCUCUCCAGAUUCAAAGGGAUGAUCCUCACUUGCAACGGACUCGGCAUCAAUUCCUGCCCAAAAUGGUAA